CGGCUCUCCGAGUGCCCCACGACCGAGUUCUGAGGCAGAUGCAGACCUUUGGGGGUGGAAGUGGCGCCUGAGCACUAUAAAAGCCAAGGACCUCGGGGAACCUGCUUCUCCAGGCAUCUCCGAGGGUUCUUUGGCAGAGCAGGCAGAAAGGAAGUGGGCAGGAUGAAGCUGCUCUGGCUGUGUGGCUUGGGGAUCGCCCUCCUCUGCGUUCCAUGUGCCACUUUUGAGGAGGCUGACCGCUGCGGUUUUGACCAGCUCCUAGGGAAAUGGUAUCUGCUUGCUGUAGCCACAAACUGUGAGUGGAUGAUAGAACAUAUGACCAAGGAGAUAACGGCUUCCAACAUAAGCAGACUGGAGGAUGGAAACUUCCAUGUUUAUACCAACUUCUCGACGACAUACGGAUGUGUUGAAAUGGAGUUUAUAUAUACAAAACUGGAGAAUGGGAAAUACACCUACACAACUGGUUUCGGGGACAAAAUUAUAGACAUGCUGAAGACAGAUUGCGACAACUAUGUCAUCACAGUGUCCACAGACCUGGAACCCAUUGAAGACCAGGUGUGCAAGUUUGUGUCACUCUACGACAGGACUAUGUCCGUGUCCCAGUCUGUGGAACAGUUAUUUGAAGACCAGGUGGCGGAAUUGGAGUUGGACCCAGACCAGAUCAUCCAUCUGGCCAACAAACUUGCCUGUACAGAAAACAACAACUAGGCAAGUUUUUCUGUGAAGACAUCAGUGCCAGAGGGGACUGUUUCCAGGAUCAGCAUGCUCGGCUCGUGACGGGACACGUUCGCUCCUGAUCGGAACCCCUUUGGCAGUGUCAGGUGGUGCCAGGUGGGAGGGUUGGGACACCCAGCUGAGUCUCCAAGUGAAGCCAGAGGAGGGGACCCAGCUCUGCCCCCGGGCUCCUUCGUGCAGGGGCCAAAGCAGAAGCAUCCAAUGAGAACAGCUGCUGUGUGCAAUUUUGUCUUCAUUAAACCUCUGGGAUAUAAACAUCCCUG